AUGUUUUCGGUGGUGCUUCCCGGGCGACUGCCACUCGGCGCACCACAGCAGGUGGACGAUACGCACUGCGUAUUCACGCUCGACGAUGCGCACACCAUCAAACACGUCGUCGUCUUCAUGACGGGCGUCCAGCCCUUCCCACCGGGCUUCUCGGCCACCGUCCACCUCCUCUGGCCCUCGUCCUCGGGUGUGCACGAGUGGAAGCUGCUCGGUUGCAUACGCAACACCAAGCCCAGCGCGAUCUUCAAGGUGAACCCGCCUCCAUCGCAAGCAGGAGCGACAACGGCUACGCUGGGGAUCAGCAUCGAGCCGGAUGCGCUGGUGGACGAACAGAUCGCUACGCUUCCCGCGGCCGCAGCGGCAACAAGCGCAAAGCAGGGCGAGGCAUUGGAUGUGGCACCCAAGAUCGCGCGCAACGCGUUUGCGUAUCUCAGCAGCUUUGCGCCCGACAGCGCACCACACACCGCACCGCUCCUCCAAAAGUGGCUCGAACAGCUCGAGCGCAAGCUGCGCACCCAAGGCGCCGCGUUCCUCGACAAGCAGGAAUGA